AUGGCGUCUCCUCAGCCCCCCGUUGUGAACACAAAUGGUAGCUACCUUCAGCAGGCGGACCCCCAGUCUUUUCAGGCGAACCCAACUGCUGGUACGGCACCCAACUACCAGACACAAAGCGGUGCUCCUCAACAGGCGUCUGCCACCGAGUCUGUUCCUAAGGAUGAAGUUGGUUGGUACUUCGUAGAGCAGUAUUAUACCACCUUGAACAAGACACCGGAGCGUCUUCAUCUGUUUUACAACAAGAAAUCUUCGUUCGUUUGGGGUACAGAAGGAGAGCUACUCCAGCUUGCUACCGGUCGCCCGGCCAUUCAAGAAAAAAUCCAGUCCUACGAAUUCAAGGACUGUAAGGUCCGUGUCUCCAACGUCGACUCCCAGGCCUCUGCGGACAAUGGGAUCGUCAUUCAAGUUCUCGGUGAAAUGAGCAACAAUGGCUUGCCAAACCGCAAGUUCUCCCAAACCUUUUUCCUUGCGGAGCAACCUAACGGUUAUUACGUCUUGAACGACAUCUUCCGUUACUUGAAGGAUGAUGAGGACAUGGAGGAGGGUGAAGACUACGAGGAGGGAGAAGUAGAGGAUAUCCUAGAAGACCCUGCUGUAGAAGCUGUGGUCAACGAGGCUGUUGAAAUUGCUGUUGAGGAAUUGGUCGAGGCCGUAGAGGAUCUGUCUACCAAGGAGACGGUGAAGACUGAAAUUGAGAUUGAGGACGACAAGAUCAAGGUUGAAGAGACCGUUACUGUUGAGCCGGCUCUGCCUGUUGCGGAAUCUCAAGAUGUCCCGCCUUCAGUUAACGGUAACGUUGAAUCUGUUAAUGGAGACGCUCCUGCGACUGAACCAGAGGCAAACCCAGAGCCUGAGGCAGAGCCAGAACCAGAACCAGAACCAGAGCCGCAGGUUGAGGAGCCCGCUCCAGUAGCACCUGUUGAAGCUGUGCCCACCCUGGUCGAGGAGAAGAAAGCAGCCCCCCCAGCUGCGAAGGAGCCUGAGCGUGCCCCUACCCCCGUAGCAGUUCCAAAGGCCACAGUACCAGUAACCCCGGCAGCCCCAACACCAGCACCUGCACCGGCACCGGCACCCAGAAAAACAUGGGCCGAUCUUGUUGCUGCUAGCGCCAAACCCGCAGUCCUAGUUGCACCAGUUACUACUGCUCCAAGUGUCCAAACCCAAGCAACAUCUACUCCUUCUGCCCCCCCUGCCGCUGCUAGUACCGCUGCCACCACUGCCGCCGCCGCCACUUCACCAAGUGCUCCCGCAGCACCUACCAGUGGUUCCCAAUGGCAGACCGCUGACAGCAGCAAACGUCGAGCAGCCUCGAGUGCCAACUCUGCCAACCCAACAGCGGCACAAAUCAGGAACGUUCCCGAGAGUAUUACCCAACAGGUCUUGAGAGAAGCCCUAUCAAAAUUCGGACUGAAGAGGUGUGAACUCGGUCGACCAAAGGGAUUUGCUACUAUUGAUUUUGAGGCCCACUCUGGAUUCGCUGCCGCUAUAGCAAACCCGCUUAAAAUUGGCGAUGUCACUCUUACUAUCGAGGAACGUCGCCGUGCCCCCACUGGGGCUACUGGAGGCCGCGGUUCUACUUCCGGUAGGGAUUAUCGAUCCAAUAGUCAGGGUGGACGCGGAGGAUUCACUCCUCGCGAAGGAGGCUAUAAAAACGAAGGCCGUAGCGGAGCUCCCGGAGGAAGAGGAGGCUCCAGGGGAGGGUCAUACCAAGCAAGAGGUGGUAUUAGGGCCGGCGGCGCGCCCACUGGCUCUAACUAA